UGUCAUAAAUUCAUUUUCCAAGGAUUAACAAUAAUGACAUGCAUGUAAGUGGACAAAAACAAUGGUUAUUGAGAAAGUUACUCUGUAAACAUGCCAAUGCAAAAGCUUCCAAAUUUGUCAGAGAAGAACUCCACGUCUACGCGCAAUAAUUAUUAAUGCUCCUUUCUUCAUAACCAAUUAUACUAGCCUAGAUAAGAUUACCAGUUCCUCGCUGCAAAAACACUUCCAUCAAAAAAAAAAACCAUCUUGAUCUCAGAGCUGUAUAUCCACGGAAGAAGAAAUGGCCGACCCUGUUAUCAGUGCCACUAUUCAGGUUGCCUUGGAGACGGCAGUAUCUCUUGCCACUGACAGGAUUGGUAUGUUAGUUGGGUUCAAGAAGGAUGUUGCCAGCAUGACACGUACUCUCCGCUGGAUCAAUGCUUUCUUGGCUGAUGCUGAGGAAAGACAACAAAACCAGGACGGGUAGUGCAAGAAUGGUUGAAGAGUCUCGAGGAGGUGGCUUAUGAGGCGGACAAUGUGUUGGAUGAGCUCCACUAUGAAUCCCUUCGUCAACAGGUGGAGUCCCGAAACCGACACAAGCUCAAGGUAUGCUGCUUCUUCUCCUUCUCUAACAUUAAUCUUGCUUUUCGUUGGAGAAUGGCUUCUAAGGUCAGGGACAUCAACCUUGAGUUGAAUAAGAUAAAUGAAGAAGCCAACAGAUUGGAGCUGGUCAGUAGGUUAGUGAUGACAGCUGCCCUCCCUGCUGCUGCUGAUGCUGGAGACAGAAGAAAUCGGCAGACCGACUCGGUUGCUGUUCCAAUGACUGGAAGAGCCGAUGAUGAAUCAAAGAUAGUGAAGAUGCUGUUGAGCCCAUCUGAGAAGGUUGUCUCUUGUCUUCCCAUAACUGGUAUGGGAGGUCUAGGCAAAACAACUUUGGCUAAAUCGAUAUACAACAAUCACCAAAUUGAUGGGCACUUUCAGAAAAAGUUGUGGGUUUGCGUAUCAAAAAAAGUUCCAGUAGUGGAACUUUUCAAACUCAUACUAGUGCAAUUGACGGGAGAAAAGGUUGAAGUGGAUGAUAGGAAUGUCAUCGUUGAAAAAAUUCAGAAUCAACUAGAGGGAAAAAGAUAUUUCCUUGUCCUUGAUGAUGUGUGGGAUGAUAAUCAGGCAUUGUGGGAUGACUUUUUCACCACCUUGAAGGGGCUCAAUCCAACUGAUGGAAGCUGGUGUCUUGUCACUACUCGUAUUGGUCAACUGGCAGAUAUUGUGUUGAAAGUUCUGAGGAUGGAUGAUGAAGCCUAUGCCUUAGGAAGGCUACCUGAUGAUCUUUGCUGGUCUAUCCUAAAAGAAAAAGUAGUUGGAAGGGAAGAAGAACCUGAUGAACUAAAAGCAAUUAAAGAGAGAGUAAUCAAAAGAUGUGACGGUCUACCAUUGGCUGCAAGUGUAAUCGGAGGUCUAUUAUCUUUAAAGAGAAAAGAGGAGUGGCAAUCAAUUUUGGAGAAUAGGCUUUUGAGUGCAGGUGGAGACCAUGUGAGGCAAAUACUUAAGUUUAGUUUUGAUAAUUUGCCAUUACCAGCCGUCAAGAAAUGUUUUGCAUAUUGUUCUAUUUUUCCCGAGGAUGCUGAGAUGGAAGGGGAUGUGCUGAUCGAACUUUGGAUGGCAGAAGGUUUCCUCCAUGCAGGUCUCGAGAACAAAACAAUGGAGGAAAUUGGAGAGUAUUACUUGGAAAUUUUAUUGCAGAGUUCUUUGCUGGAAGAAAUAAGAGACGGUUGGAGAAGGAAUGUUAUAAAAUGCAUGAUAUGGUACACGAAGUCUCAAAAUCAAUAAUGUCAAAGUCUACUAAAUUCAUUAAUUCGGAGACUGGUUCAGGAGACAAU